GGUGAAACGUCAAAUCUGUUGCCAUGUCUCUCAGAGUCCAUAUCACUGUGUUUAACUAGCUGUUCGCAUAUUAGCACCCACAUAAGAAGUCAUGGCAGGAACAAUGCAGCAGGUUAAUGAGUCAGUGGUGAUACGGAGCCUCAGGAGGUUCAGAGACAGAUACUUCCCGAAUACUGGUAAAGUUAAAGACGAUUUGACGCCUGUUGAAGACACUGGAGGAGAGAGACAGCCGGGAUUUCUGGAUAUAUUACCAGUGGACGUACAGUUCCUGAUCAUGACCUUUUUGUCUCCUGCUGAUAUCUGCUGCCUGGGAGCCACCAGUCGCUACUGGAGGGCCAUGGUCAGAGACCCGUUACUGUGGAAGUACUUCCUGCUCAGGGACAUGCCAUACUGGCCCUCCAUCGAUCACGUCAGCAUGCCCCAACUGGAGCUGUUGGAUGCACCAUUAAUCAGUGAAGACGAAAGCCUGGAUGAUAGAGAAGAAGGGGACGACAAAGGGGUGGAAUCGAAAUGCGACUACAUGUCAGAAUACCUGAAAGGCUGCCCGUCCUGCAGACAGCAGUGGCUUCCUUCACGGCCAGCAUAUGAGGUCGUGACCUCGUUUCUUCAGUCUCUUGUGCUCUCAUCUGAACCACGGUAUGCCAUGUUCGGCCCUGGCAUGGAGCAGCUGGAUGUGUCUUUAGUCACGAGGCUCAUGCAUGCCCCAGAUGUGCUUCCUGUGUCGGGCACUCCUCACAGACAGAUAAAUGGUAUCGGCUCAGGGAUCAGUUACAUGUUCAACAACCAACACAAAUUUAAUAUUCUUACUCUGUAUUCGACCAAUAGGGCAGAGAGGGAAAGAGCCAGGGCGCAGCAGCAGAGCAUCAGUAAUAAACUUUUUACCAUUGAAGGAACAGAUGAGUCAGGCUGUCCGAUCUACAGCCCUGCUCCUCAGGUCCAGCAGGUGUGCCAGGUGGUGGAUGGUUUCAUCUAUGUAGCCAAUGCAGAGCCUGGAAGAGGUGAAGGGGAGUCUGAGGUGGCUCAGAUUCGGGCUGUGCUGAGCUCUGCGGGCGGUUUGGCAUCCAGGCCUCUGCUGGUGCUCUCCUGUGUCUCCAGAGAAGAACCAGAACAGGUCACGGCAACCAGCCUGCAAACUGUUAGCAGCAGAAACAGAGCCAGGUGUCGAACUCCCUGUGUCUACAUGGCAAAGAGACUUGGCCUACCCCAGCUGGCUAACCCCUGGAUGGUGCAGGAUACAGUAGCAGAAUCUCUGUCAGGUCUUCUGGAUGGCAUUUCUUGGUUGCUGAAAUGUUCUGGAGUCAAACUCCACGGCAGCUAGUUAUCUAACUUCUGCCGCUGCUGCCAGAUGAAUGAAAACCGCAGACCUCUCUGCUGCGUCAUCCUGACACCAAGACACACUACGGCAUUUCCUGCGUAAUGUAUACCACAUGUGUGCAAUGUCUCACGGUUGGAGCAUCGCCUGUGGGAUUUAAUGACUUGGAUCAGCUGCAGCAUUGAUGGGUUUCUCGCAGCAGUUGUGAAUGAAGGAACACGCAGAUAAACAGACUCGGGUGCAGAUGUAGAAAAACAAAAUGAGAAAAGUGGUAAAAGCCACACGUGAAAACAAUCAGUGACUCAAUUUAUUGCCAACUUACUGAUCUUAAAUGCUUUUUAUAUGUAAUGAGUAUAUGCUGCUUUGAUUUAUAUGCCGUAUGAUGACACAUGUUUACAAGUGGUGAGCUGCUAACUAAUCAGGUGUCCCGCUGUGUGGUUUAAAAUGGGAUGGAGACAUGUUUAAAUGUUUUAUUAAGGGCUCAACCUCUGCAAAAGUCAGCUUAUAUAACUUUCAGAUAAAAAAACAACAGGCUCCUGAUCAGAACUUUAAACUGCAAAGAUAUGACUAAACCAGCAACACUAUAAUACAAGCAAAUGAAUGUAUUGUUUUACUUUUAUGCUCUGGCAGUUACGAAAUGCUGCCUUUUCAGAAGUGCUGGACGGUCCUCCGAUUUCAAACGCUGACAUCUUUUAUUCGCUGCACAAUGACUUUGUUCUACAAAUGGUUUCAGAGCGACAGGUUUUUCUUGUGUUGGAUGAGUCACACUCUCAGGCUCUAACAACACUGACGACUCACUACUAAAUGUCUGUUAAAUUACCAGCAAAUCACUGUUAAGUAAUCACAUAAAAACGACACUGUGUA